AUGUCAUUAGGAGAAGCAGCUGUUCCGAUUAUCUCCUCAAUGCGCAUAGUGCUUAAUACGCGCCAUUGGUUCAUAACAGCUUCUCGGUCAAUAUUGGGAUCACCUAACUACCAGGGAAAAUCUUUAAUGUUGGGUUUGCCGGUUGAGAGGCAUACGCGGCUUGGUGCAAACAGUUCAAUUUUUUCCACCACCGACACAUUAAGCGGUAACCUGUCAACUAAUUCUCUUACUAAGCGUACAAGAAAAGCAGAACAUCGUUGCUUCACUUCUUUGGCUUUGUCGGCAGAAACAGUCUUUUUUGCAAGUAAAUCAUUGAACUUUUCUCCAAAGUCGAUUGAGUCCAGUGGAAGCAGUGAAUUUUCAAAUGGAGCUCCGGCUUUUUCUAAUGCUCGCCUAACAGCUGCAAUAUCUGCUUCAUGGAGCAUUGAUACAGAGGCAUUUUCAGACAGACUUUGA